CCUAGCAGUGCUAGAGCUUGUGUUUGCCUUUCACAGAAAGUUAUUAUAUUUUACAAAACCACUUCUCUUGUUGAUUUACUGCAUGUACUAAAAGCAUGCCAAGUUAUGACAGUGUGAAAGUUGCUGUACGGGUGAGGCCUUUCAGUAAGAGAGAAAAGGAUGCUGGAAGCAAAUGUGUCAUAUCUAUGAAUGCCAAUUGUACCAUCAUCUGUGACCCAAAGAAUCCUGGUCAUGAAAAAGUAUUUAAGUUUGAUUUAGCAUAUUGGUCGCACAAUGGAUUUAUGAAAAACAAAGAUGGUAAACUUGUUCCAAAUUGUUCUGAGAAAAGAUACGCUCAUCAGCAAACACUGUUCGAUGAUCUUGGCCAGGGAGUGCUAAACAAUGCCUGGCAGGGUUACAAUGCUACUCUGCUUGCAUAUGGACAGACAGGUUCUGGGAAGAGCUAUUCCAUGAUUGGUUAUGGGGCUAACAGAGGCAUCAUCCCUGUUGUCUGUGAGGAGCUCUUUCGAGCUAUUGAAAAUAAUCAAGAGAAUAACAGAAGAUACCAGGUAACUUUCAGUAUGCUGGAGAUUUAUAAUGAACAGGUCACAGAUUUGCUAUGUAAAACCAAAAAGUCUGGUGGUCUGAAAGUGCGAGAAGAUCAGCAUCAAGGAUUUUAUGUUGAUGGUCUAAAACUAGUGCCUUGCGAGAGCUAUGCUCAAAUUGAAAAAUUAAUGGAACAAGGGAAAAAAAUAAGAACCACUGCCUCAACCAGCAUGAAUGCCAGCAGCAGCCGGUCCCACAUGGUCAUCACCAUACACUUCAAACAGAUUUUCUUGGAAGAGGACAUCACCAAACAAUCCAGCAUUAACUUGGUGGAUUUGGCAGGAAGUGAAAGACAGAAGUCUUCUGGUUCAGAAGGAGACCGUCUUCGAGAAGGCACCUGUGUGAACCUCAGUUUGACUACCUUAGGCAAUGUGAUAAGUGCACUUGCUGAGGCAGCAAUGGGAAAGAAGAUUUUACAUAUUCCAUAUCGAGAUUCUGUUCUGACAAAGCUUCUACAGUCUGCUCUGGGGGGCAAUAGUAGGACCGUUAUGAUCGCUGCCAUUAGUCCUGCAGAUAUCUGCUACGAGGAGACAUUGUCUACACUCAGAUACGCAGAGAGAGCAAAGAAAAUAAAAAACAAAGCUAUUAUCAAUGCCAGCCCAACCGAACGACUUAUGAAAGAGCUGAAAGCUGAAAAUAACAAGUUAUUGUCACGAUUGGAAGGGCUCGGAAAUUCAGGGAAAAGGGUUGAACGUGAAACAAAGGAACUGCGCCGGUUGCUUACAGAAAAUGAACUGCGCAUUCAAGCAAUGCAAAUGACUUGGGAGAAUCAGCUACUGGAGGCUCGGAAGGAGUGGGAGCAGCAGUUUGCUGUAAUUACACAGGAAAGACGCAUGAUGCAGACAUACCCUUACCUCCUGAACAUUAAUGAGGAUCCACAGCUAUCUGGAGUUCUCAAAUACUUUCUACAAGAUGGAUCGUCUGAUGUUGGCCAAGCACCUUCCAAUGCAAUAACGCUAAGAGGACUGGGGAUUUUGCCCAGACACGCUUCUUUUAUAAACAGUGACAAUAAAGUGAUAGUUAAACCAUUUGGUAAAGCCAAAGUCAUCGUUAACAGCGUGGCCAUUGUUAUGAACGCCAAGCUGCAGCAUUUGGACCGUCUUAUCCUUGGAUCAAACAGUGGUUACCUUUAUAUUGGAUUUCCAGUUGAGCGUGGUGCUGAGGAUAUAAGCAAGUUUGAUUAUGACUUUUUUCAGUCAGAACUGGCAGCAGCUGAGGGAUUUAGUGUAGACAAACUAGGAGCUUCACAUAAUAAAAAUGGAAAGCCAGACCCAAGUGUGCUUGCUGUCUUCCAUGACUACAUAAAACUGAUGCCAUUGGUCGCUGAAGCCAAUCAGAUGAGUGAUGAAUUUAAAAAGAAUCUGAAAUUUGAAUUGAAAGUGAAAAAUUUGGCAUUGACUGAUUCCAGGGGCUAUGACCUUCAGAAAGAAAUUAUGGUGAAAGUGAUGAAUAAAAUUACUUAUGAGGUGUGGAUAUGGUCAAAGUCCAAGUUCAUUAACAGAAAAUUUCUAAUGGAGGAAUUGUAUCAACGAUUUUUAGAUGGGGAAACAUCUCAAAAUAUAGACCGUGAAAGUGAUCCAUUCUGGGACCCCGUGGAGAUUAUUCACCUUGGGUCUGCCCACAUAUGGCUUCAGUCUCUUGCUUAUUGUAUGAAACUGGAGGAACAAACAGAGCUUCUCAGUUGUGAAGGGGUGGAGGAAGCUAUCCUAGUUAUCAAUGUUACGCCCUGCUCCAGUAGUGGAAGGCCUUUUGGUGAAGAAGACAUAGUUAUCGACCCUCUGGAGUUACUAGGAAGAAAAAUAAUCUUCCAGAUUCACAUUUUACAGUGUCUAGGAGUCCGAUGGUUAAAGGAAGCCACUCAUCGUGGGAUUCAAAUUGGAUAUCAGUUUUAUGAUGUCCAUCAAACAUUAUACACAAAACCAGUUUGGAGAAAUGUGAAUCCAGUUAUUGAACACAAGAUCCAGUUUGUUGCUCUGAACAUAUCAAAUGAACUGUUGACUUAUUUACAAAAAAAUGCUUUGGUUAUCGAUUUGUGGGGACUACAAGAAGGAUGUUUGGAGCAUGACUGGACAAGGCCAGACAACGGCACUGCAAGCGAAGGGCGGAUUUUAAUUGACAGCAUGAACACAUUACUCUCUGCAUCGGCUUUGGUUGAUUCAAACAGUCAAAACAGUCAAGUUUCAGAGCUCUACCUGAAGUUGUUGAAAUUAGAAAAAGAAACAGAACUUCUCAGAGAUAUAAAUAGGUCCUUGAGAGAGGAGAAUACAAUUCUGAAGGAGUCACAAAAGACUUGUGAGAACUCUGAGAAAGCUAUAAGAGAGCCUUGCCAAAGCAACUCAGCGAAAAGUGUACAAAACUUUGUUCUGUCAAAAGGUGACCGGUCGUCCUGUCAGAAGACCAGCUAUGAUGCAGACUUUGCUAAAGCUCUUAAGGUUUUCUACCAAAGCAUGAAUACCAUUAGAGGACAUUUUCUUCGUCUAAAACACUACAAACCACCUGAGGAAGAGAACAUUUACAUGCUACGGCUUUUUACUGAAAAACAAUCACAGAUGUUUAAGGAUUUUUGGCAGCAACUUGAAUGCUGUAUCUGCAAGUUAAAAAAUGACGUGGCCGCAAUUGUUAAGAAAAAAAAGGAAAAUAUUGCCUCUAGCAAAAGUUUGUAA